GCUGGUUUUUAGGCUCAUCGCUUUUCAUGGAUGAAUCAAGCGAAUCAAGAAUGAUGACGACAUCUUUUCAGGUCAUUGAUUCAAUGGAAAUGUGGAUGGAAAUGGAAUGAACAAAAAAGCCAAUGGAGUUUGUAAAGCAAUCAAGUCAGAAGAGUUGGGAAAAAAAGGUUACCUGCUAAGUCUCUUUGCCUAAAUCAUCCAACUUACCUGUCACUUUUUUUACUUGAAAUUUGUUCAACAGGGCAGUAAAAGUUCAUCAUCAUCAUCAUCAUAAUUUUUAUAUGUUACUGAUUGUUCAGGAGAAAGUUGAGCCCACCAAAGUGAAUCCGGUUUAACUCGAAGUAGUUGCUUCAGUUAAACCAUUGAGUUGCUCAAAUCUUCCCAUUCUAGACUUAAUAAACUUUUCAACCUUUAAAUUUUUCUCAGUCCAUUUUAAUUUUCAUCUCUGCUUGUUAACCAAUUGUUUAAUAUAUCAGCAAGUUACACUUGAAACAAUGAUAAAAACUCUUAUUUAUUCACUUUUGUUUUUAUUUUCAAUCCAAUCCAUUUCAUGUCAAGAGCUUAAUGAAACUAAACCUUCAUGUUUAUGUUCAGAUAAAUUUGGUUAUGUGAGAUUAUCCUGUAGAGAUAAUCUCGACGAUGUUCCGGAUCUCAAUGAUACUGUUACUGGAAUGGAUUUACUUGAAAACUUCUGUAGCGAUGUAUCCUUUUAUACGCCUAGAAAACUGGAAAUCUCAUUUGGCAGUGGAUCAGUCCAUUUAUCUGACCAUGUCUUUCAAAAUGUGCCCAACCUGUCUUCAGCUAAAAUAGCCUUUACUGAUAUGAGGCAAGUUUCAUGUGGACUUUUGGCCAAUUUAAGGCAAUUGGAAAGUCUUGAGCUUUGGUAUAACAAGAUAAACAUGAUUUGUGAACAAGCUUUUCAAGAUUUGGAUUCAAUUGUUUCAAUAACAUUAUCAGGUAACCAGUUGGAUGCGAUUCCUGAUCGAGUCUUUCGCGGUCUUCGAACCCUAUCAAUCCUUGAUCUUGACUCUAAUCAAAUUAAAUACUUGAGUCCACAGUCAUUUGAAGGACUUUCUGGUUUGAGUUUCCUUAACUUGGGCCGUAAUUCACUUAACUUUAUCCCAUGUCAAACCUUUACCAAUCUGAGAAACUUGAAAGAAUUGAAAUUAUCAUCAAACAAAAUCUCGGAGGUUUGCAGCUCAGGAUUUGAAGGUUUGACUUCCAUUGAAUCUCUUGACUUGUCUGACAAUGCUUUAUUUGACGUUCCAAGUGCCCAAGUAUCAACUUUAACCACCCUGAAAACCCUUGAAUUGGCCUCCAAUCGAUUUGAAAAGAUUGACUCUCGUGCCUUUGAAAAUUUAAUGAACCUAAGGGAACUCAAUUUGGCCAGGAAUAAGAUUAAAUCAAUUGAUUCAGACGCUUUCCAGGAUUUAAUUAGACUUGAAAAAUUGGAUCUUGCUGAAAACCAGAUACAAGUUAUUCAAUCGGCAACCUACAAGAGAUUACAAAGUGUCCGUUCACUGUCCUUUAAGGCUAACAAGGUUGAGUACAUUGAGGCCAAUGCUUUUGAUAAAUUAACCAAACUGGAAGAACUGGAUUUGAGUCACAACAAUUUAACUACGGUCACUGGUGAAACAUUUACUGGUUUGUAUCUUUUACGGUCAAUCACAUUGGAAGGUAAUAAAAUCAAUCGAAUUGCCAGUGAGGCCUUUGUUGGUCUCCAUUCUGUACGUAACCUUAAUCUGGCUCAUAAUCAGCUGUCUUCCAUUCCUAGAGGUGUUUUCAAAGGGUUGAGAGAUUUAAAUGAUCUUCAGGUUAAUGAUAAUCAUAUUAAAUUGAUUGAAGGUGGUGCCUUUGAAGAGCUUUCAUCUCUUAAUACACUUGGAUUACACCACAAUGAGAUUCUUGAUUUAGAUGAGACAACCUUUGAAGGUUUAACCAAUCUUCAAACACUCAAUUUAAGAGCCAAUUCACUUCAUUCACUGAAAUCCUCGGCUUUACGUAAUCUAUUUAACUUGCAAAAGCUUGACAUCUCGUCCAAUUUGAUCAAUGUUCUGAUGGAAAAAUCAUUCGUUGGUAAUCCUAAUCUGCUUGAUCUUGAUCUGUCUCAAAAUUAUUUAUACUCAUUGUCUAAGCAAUCCUUCACUGGCCUUAACUACUUGGAAUCAUUGAAUCUCUAUCGAAACAAGUUGAGUCUCAUCUCUAAGGAUAUGUUCACUGAAUUGCCGCAAUUGAAGCUCCUCCAUCUUCACAAUAAUGAUAUUAAACAAAUUCAGGAUAACAGUUUUGCCAAACUGCCCAAUCUGGAAAAUUUGAAUCUCCAAAUGAAUUCCCUUUCCUAUUUAACUGGUGGAACCUUUUACAUCAAAAUAUACACCAAACAAACGCCAGUCACCAUAAAUCUUAAAUUGAACCACAUUCGAUCGGAAAACAUUGCUGCUGAUGGUUUCGUUAAGCCAAAUUCACGUAAAUUGAUCCUAGAAUUACAGAAAAACUUCUUAACAUAUGUGCCUGAGAAACCAUUCAAGGAAUUUUUACAAGCCAACAAUACAUUGAAAAUUACUGAUUUUACCUUCUCCUAUCAAAAUCCAAUCAAUUGUCGAAGUCCUUUGAAUCAAUGGUGGAUUGCAUCCAGACGAUUGACUCCUGACCAAUUUGAAUACUUUGGCUGUAAAUGAAUAGUUUGUAGACGUCAUGCUUUUGUCCAUGUAAUUUUCACAUCACUUGAAAACCUGACCAACCAGGAAACGACCAAUAAUGUCAUUUAAUUCCAUAAUAACUGAUUAUAUCAGUAAAGCUUUUGAUACCAACAAUAAAAGCAUAUAAAAUAAUAGGAUUAUUAAAAUAAAAUUAUUUAAUG